AUGGAAGAGGCUUUCCUCCUCAACCAAACUUCCAUAGUAACAUAUUUUCGACUUAGUGGUUUAUCUGUAAAUCAGAAGGUACAGAUGGCUGUGUUCUCCAUGUUCCUCAUCUUUUAUGUCCUGACACUGAUUGGAAACAUCCUCAUUGUCAUAACUAUCAUCUAUGACUGCCGGCUCCAUACUCCCAUGUAUUUCUUCCUCAGUAAUCUGUCCUUCAUCGAUGUCUGCCACUCCACUGUCACCGUCCCCAAGAUGCUGAGAGACACCUGGUCAGCAGAGAAGCUCAUCUCCUUCGAUGGCUGUGUGACCCAGAUGUUCUUUCUGCACCUCUUUGCCUGCACGGAGAUCUUCCUGCUCACUGUCAUGGCCUAUGAUCGCUACGUGGCCAUCUGUAAGCCCCUGCGGUACAUGACAGUGAUGAACUGGAAGGUAUGUGUGCUGCUGGCUGUGGCCCUCUGGACAGGAGGAGCCACCCACUCCAUAGCUCUGACCUCCCUCACCAUCAAGCUGCCCUACUGUGGUCCAGAUGCAAUUGACAACUUCUUCUGCGAUGUGCCUCAGGUGAUCAAACUGGCCUGCACUGACACCCGCCUCAUUGAGAUCCUCAUUGUCUCUAACAGUGGGCUGAUCUCCGUGGUGUGCUUUGUGGUCCUUGUCAUUUCCUAUGCUGUCAUCCUGGUGACUCUGAGGCAGCAGAUCUCUGAGGGCAGGCGAAAAGCCCUGUCCACCUGUGCAGCUCACCUCACCGUGGUCACACUGUUCCUGGGACACUGCAUCUUCAUCUAUUCCCGCCCAUCCACUAGCCUCCCAGAGGACAAGGUGGUGUCUGUGUUUUUCACUGCUGUCACCCCUCUGCUGAACCCCAUCAUCUAUACCCUUAGGAAUGAAGAAAUGAAGAAUGCUUUGAACAAAGUAAUGAGAAGAAAUGAAAAGAAAGAGGGAAAAUUUAAAAGUAUAGGCCAUUAG